AAAGUAUUGAAGACCUGGAAAUUCGUCAUGAAGCAACACUCAUUGUAGUUACAAAAAAACGCAAGGAAUAUCCCUCCCGUAUUGCUAACUAUCUUGGGAAAAAGCGAAGGCUUCAGAAAAAUGCUGUACAAAUAAUGAAGGUUGAGCUUCCUCUCAGGACACCUUUGGAAGUUGAAGAACCCAACUACACAGUUGCUGACCUUUCAUUUAAGAAUUCACAAAGUGUUCUCUCUGAAAGCUUGCAACAUCUUCAGCCUUGUAUCCAGCGCCUCAACAAUCUUGCUGAUGCUGUUAGCACUCUUCAGAUGAUUCAUGAUGAUCCUGCAGAGAAGAUAUGUUCUGCAAAAUCCUUGUGAUUAGGUUAGACAGAAUCUGUAAGGCUUUACCAAGUACUAUAUUAUGGUGUGAGAGAAAAUUAGUUUAUUUUUACUUUAAGUAGCUCACUGUCAUAGUUGUUCAUGAAUUUGGGAUUAGAUUUCGGAUGUGGAUUACAAUGUUAGAGUAAAUUUGGUGUGAAUGUAACUAGGUUUUUGGUUUAGGAUACAGUGAUUUGAACCUCUGGUCUUCCGUACUUCGAUAACAUUCCUAAUUGAUGAGUAACUUGAGCACAGGAGACUUUUUCUUUUAUACAUGCAUUAACAUACACAAUAUAAAUGUCUAGCUGAUGUGUAGCUAACAACAAUUAUUCAGUGAGAUACCCAAGUGGUAGUUUUGUAUUUACAUCACAGAAACAGUUAACAUUAAGCAAUUUACAAAAGUAAAAAUAACUAAAAUAUCUCUAGAAAAUAUACAAGUAACUCGCUGCCACUUUUGUUCUAGAGUUUGGGAUUAGAUUUUGGGUGUGGAUUAUGAUGUUAGAGUAAUUUUGUUGUAAAUGUAACUUUAGGUUUUUGGUUUAGGAUAAAGGGAUUUGAACUUCUGGUCUUUCUUACUUUGUUUACAUUUCUAAGUGAUGAGUCAUUUGAGCAGAAGAGAUGAUAACGAUAUGUUAAAAAAUCAAUGCUUAGAAAUUCGAUUCAGAACUUGGAGUCUAGUUUUGAAAAGCAGUGGUUCACAGUUAGGUAUGAAAAACUGAGUUAAUAUUUUUAGCAAUUAUUUUAAUUUUUCAUCUGCAGACUUUCUUUGGAUCCCAUUGUCUCUAAGAACCUAACUUUGAUAUUCAUGUAUCGAUAUCUUUCUGGAAGUGUUGAAAUGUGCAUUGUAAUAUAAAUUAAAGUAUUUUA